AUAUGAAGAAGGCCACUUGGAGAUUGAGCAGGCAUCCUUAGACAAGCCUAUAGAAUCGGAUAAUAUUGGACACCGCCUGCUACAGAAGCAUGGUUGGAAGCUGGGCCAGGGUUUGGGGAAAUCUCUCCAGGGUAGAACAGAUCCGAUCCCCAUCGUUGUCAAGUAUGAUGUCAUGGGCAUGGGGCGGAUGGAAAUGGAGCUUGAUUAUGCUGAAGAUGCUACAGAGCGGAGGAGGGUCUUGGAAGUGGAGAAGGAAGAUACCGAAGAGCUGAGGCAGAAAUACAAGGAUUACAUGGACAAAGAAAAAGCCAUUGCCAAGGCCCUCGAAGACCUUCGAGCCAACUUCUAUUGCGAACUCUGUGAUAAACAGUACCAGAAGCAUCAAGAGUUUGACAACCACAUAAAUUCCUAUGACCAUGCCCACAAACAGAAGCUGAGGGAUCUGAAGCAAAGAGAGUUCGCUCGUAAUGUCUCAUCAAGAUCCCGGAAAGAUGAAAGGAAGCAGGAGAAAGCCCUCCGGCGUCUGCACGAGCUUGCUGAGCAGAGAAAGCAGGCCGAAUGUGCUCCAGGAAGUGGGCCAAUGUUCCGAACCACCACUGUGGCUGUAGACGAAGAAGGAGGAGAGGAGGAGACCGAGGUGGCAGCUCCCAGCAGCUGUUCCUCCUUCUCACCAGCUUCUGGGCAGCCCGUGUGUGUGACCAUAGACAAAGCCAUUGUUUAUCCCAGCGGGCCGGCCACUGGCAACACAGGGGUUGGGCAAGUCCCCGUACAGGCACCGCAGACCAUCAGCCUUGGAGUCAACCCUCUUCAGAAGUUAGGGGUGUCUUUCUCGUUUGCCAAAAAGGCUCCUGUGAAGCUGGAGUCCAUUGCCUCUGUGUUUAAAGACCACGUGGAUGAGGCAGGCUCUCCUGACGAAGUCAAAGCUGAGGAUAGAGCCCUUUCGGACUCUGGCGCUUUAGGGAAGAUCGGGGAAGCAGAGAGGACCAACAGCCCCGACAGCAAGGGGGACGAGGAGGAGCAGCAGCAGCAGCAGCAGGAGAAAGAUGGAGCGGGGGCAAGCGCCUCACUGUUGAAAACGAAGAAGGUAAAGCGAGAGGACGGGCCACUGGCAGUAGAACCGGAGUACUAUCACUAUAUCCCACCAGCCCACUGCAAGGUGAAACCCAACUUCCAGUUCCUGCUCUUCAUGAAGGCCACGGAGCAGGUGGAAGCGGAAGCUGUGAGCAAGAAAGGGGCCCGGGAAAGGAAACAAAGUAAUUCCCCCAAGCCCAGAGUGGCCAAGAAUGGCGAUAAGGUGGCAGAAGCAGAGCGUGCUGACCAGCUGAAGGAGCCCAGCCCCACCAACAAAAGCAACAAAGCGGAAGACAAAGAGAUCCUUGAAGAUGCGAGUGGACCAGAAGGCAAGCAGCCCAAGGAAGGCGGCACUACAGAGCUGGAUGCCCCAAAAGACCUUGCCCACCCAGCGCCAGCCCGCAAAGAAGCAGCAGAUGGGCCCAGGCAUUUAACGGGGCCUUUCUUCCCUGUGCUAAGCAAGGACGAGAGCACCACCCUUCAGUGGCCUUCAGAACUGCUUAUUUUCACCAGAGCAGAGCCCUCUGUUUCGUACAGCUGCAACCCCUUGUAUUUUGACUUCAAGUUGUCUCGAAACAAAGACAGUAAAGCAAAAGGGGCAGACAAACAGAAAGCAGCAGCCAGUCUUUCAAAAGAAAACACGCCAUCUGCUGAGGGCAGGGAUGUCAGUAAGAGCAAAGAACCAGGCCCCCUCCCUAGCAGCUCCUCCACCCUGCCGGAGAGCAAGUCCCUGCCAGCAUGCAGUAAGCAGGAGUCCAGCCCUGUGGAUGCCAGCAGCGGUUUCGGCCCAGAAGAUGGUGGCAAAGGCAACCUCGUUAGCCAGAAGGGCAAGCUGGGGAAGUCCCACAAACACAAAAAGAAGAAAAAGCACAAGAAAUCCACCAAACAGAAACACCGGCGCAAGGGCAAGGCAGAGGAGAAAAGCCGGGAAGGGGAAGUGUCAGAAGAGAGAGCCAAGAAGCGAAAGAAGCACAAACACAAAAAGAGCAAGUGUUUCUUUCCCACCGAGGGCGAGCGAGCACAAGGGAUCGAAGAUGUUGGCCAUCCCAAGAAAAGGAAGUGGUGCCCUCCGGAAUCCCAGCGGAAAUCUGUCUCUGCUGAAGAUGGUGGCAGCGGCGGCGGCGGCAGCAAGAGAGAAGAGAGCAGCAGCUUGUCCCAGGAGCACAGCAGCAAGAAACACAAAGGCGACCCACCACAGGAGCUGCCUGCCAGCAAGAGGCGGCCUUCUGCCCCAGCCGUGGGCCGCCCCGGCCACAAGGGCCGACAGAGCAGCGGCUGCUACGAGAGUGACGAGGAUUCCUGCCGCAAGCACUUCAGGCAGAAGUCAGCGUCGCAGUACAGUGAUUACGACUCGGGCAGCGACUGUUCUCGGAGCCGCUCCCGGUCGGGCCGGAGGCAUUCCUCCCGAAGGUCAUCCCAGAGGUCCUACUCGACGAGCUCCUAUGCCUCCUCGGACCACAGCCAGUACAGCCACCGGCGGAGCUACUCCGAGGACAGCUACAGUGGCUACAGCGACCGGUCGCGGAGUCGCACCAAACGUUCCCAUGACUCAGAGGACGAUUCAGACUAUACUAGUUCCAAGCGCCGGUCGAAACGGCACAAGUACUCCUCUUCAGAAGACGACUACAGCCUGAGCAGGAGCAGGUCCCGGAGCCGAAGCAGGAGUCGAACCCACGCCAGGGGAAGAUCGAGGACGAGAAGUCGGGGCAGGACACGCAGCAGCAGCCGCAGCCGCAGCCGAAGUAAGCGCAGGAGUCGCAGCCGCACAGGACACAGCUGGAAAAGGAGCCGGAGCUACAGCCGGGAGCGUAGCCGGAGCACGAGAAGCCUAUCGCAGAGGUCUCUUUCCCGGAAGGGCUCCCGAGGCCACGAGAGCCCCAGCGAGAGGCGAUCUGCGCGGCGAGAUUUCAUCCGGUCCAAGAUCUACCGCUCACAGUCCCCGCACUACUUCCGAGCAAGGCCAGGAGAGGGACCUCCGAGGAAGGAGGAGGUGAGAGGAGACGAAGCCGCAGGGGCCGGCGGUCUCUCCCAGAACAGCAGUGCUUCCAACGUGGGGAGCAACUGCAGUUCUGAGGAGAAGAACUCUGCAACAGCCAAGCUGCUCUUGGAGAAGGUGCAGUCCAGAAAGGUGGAGAAGAAGACUGCUGGGAACGAGGAUGCCCCAGGGCCCCCCCACAAGGUCGGAAUAAAGCUGAAGGAUCCCCCCCAGGGCUAUUUUGGCCCAAAGCUCCCACCCUCACUAGGCAACAAGCCCGUCCUCCCAUUAAUCGGAAAGCUCCCCACUGUCCGCAAACCGAGCGCCAAGCGGUGUGAGGAGCCUGGUGUAGACCGAGGAGAGGAGCCAGAGCUGUCGGAGCCAGAAGAUGCCACCCCAGAUGGCGGGGAGCCAGCCCCGGGGAGCCAGCCCCCGUUGGAAGAGGCUGCAGUGAGGACAGUCCUGGACCCCCUUCCCGGAGACCAGCCCCCGGAAGAAGCGGCCACAGAGGCUCCCCCAGUUCCCCCUGAACCACCAGGGCUCCCGGAGUCCUACGGGUCAGGCGAGCUGGUCGUGCCCCACAGCCUCCUCCCCGACCCCAGCGAAAGUGAGGCGCUCGAGUCUCUGGAACCUGAAAGCCAGCCCGUCUCCAUAGAAGACAGGAUAGUGCCCUUAGUGCCUGACGUGGAGCCCUUCCCCAGCUACAUGCCCCCGAGCGGGGAGCCCAGCAUCAGCGGGGAGCUGGAAGGGGCCGAGGACUCCUCCCUGGCCCCGCUCGAGAGCCAGCCCAUCACCUUCACCCCCGAGGAGAUGGAGAAGUACAGCAAGCUCCAGCAGGCCGCUCAGCAGCACAUCCAGCAGCAGCUCCUGGCCAAGCAGGUCAAGGCCUUCCCUGCCUCCGCCGCUCUGGCGCCUGCGGCGGCCCCGGCCCUGCAGCCCAUCCACAUCCAGCAGCCCACCGCCGCCGCCACAUCCAUCACCACCGUGCAGCACGCCAUCCUCCAGAACCACGCCGCCGCCGGCCACAUCCCCCAGCCCCUCCUGACCCCCAUCUCGCUGUCCCACCUGACCCACUCCAUCAUCCCCGGGCACCCUGCCACCUUCCUGGCCAGCCACCCCAUCCAUAUCAUCCCCCCCCCUGCCAUCCACCCCGGCCCCUUCACCUUCCACCCUGUCCCUCACGCUGCCCUCUACCCAACCCUCCUGGCGCCCCGGCCGGCUACGGCAGCCGCCGCCACCGCGUUGCACCUCCACCCGCUCCUGCACCCCAUUUUCUCAGGACAGGACUUGCAGCACCCCCCGAGCCAUGGCACAUGAGAGAGCCGGGAGAAGGCUGCCUCCGUCGGGGUG